UAAAGAAAUUACAACGUCGAUUCUAGGAUAUGGAGUCUGGCUCAGGCUCGAACAGAAGGAAACUGGAAGGAGAUACGUCCGACUGGCCCAUGAUGGAAACGACCAUGAACUGGACGACGAGUAUUUUGAAGAUCAGCUGAUGGCCAGGUUACGGCAAACGGUUAUGUUGGUAGGAUUGGAGGCUUCGGUGCUUUGGUGGGUGUGAGAUGUUUGGGAUGUUUGUUUGUAUGGUGUGGCCCGGGGAAAUUCUGGUUAUGUGAAGGGCGAAACGAGAACUGUCAGAAAAUUACUCGUGAAAACAAAUUCCACUUGGUAUAACAAAUUACAGUAAUGGCAGGGCUGCCGAAGCGUAUUCUUAAGGAAACUCAAAGACUAAUGCAAGAACCUGUACCAGGUAUAAGUGCAGUGCCAGAUGAAGAUAAUGCUCGUUAUUUCCAUGUAAUUGUUGCAGGUCCAGAAGGAUCACCUUUUGAAGGUGGAAUAUUUAGAUUGGAACUAUUUUUACCAGAAGAUUAUCCAAUGUCAGCCCCUAAAGUACGGUUUAUUACCAAAAUCUACCAUCCUAAUAUUGAUAAACUUGGAAGAAUUUGUUUAGAUAUAUUGAAAGAUAAGUGGAGUCCAGCAUUACAAAUUCGUACAGUGUUACUUUCAAUUCAAGCUCUACUGAGCGCUCCCAAUCCUGAUGAUCCUCUAGCAAAUGAUGUUGCUGAAUUGUGGAAAAUUAAUGAGGCCCAAGCAAUAGCAAAUGCUAGAGACUGGACUCGUUUGUACGCCAGUGAUUCACAUGACAAACUAAUUUUGCAGGAACAGGCAGCAUCAGAUAGCAGACAUUAAUAUUGAUCCUAGUAAAAAUGUAGCCAAGAGGAUCAAAAGCAUGAUUCAAUUGUGGGAGAUAUGCUCAAGCUUUAAAUUACCAAGUAUUGUUAUGAUGUCCUGUACAUGUGGUUAUACUUCAUGUUGGUUUUAUUUUGCCUUUAAGGAUCAGAAGUGAACUUGUGUCCAUAAACUUUCUGUUGAGAUGCAUCUGUAAAAGUGAUACAAAUAAUGUGUGAAGGUCAUCUGUAAUAUAAAUGUGUGAUAUGACAAAAGUAGUAGUCUGGUUUUUACUGUAGGAGGAUGAGUGGGUCAAGGUAAUAAUAUACAUGAGUGAUCAUUAUUUGGGCAUAGGAUUCUGGAUACUAUAUAAUCGAAAAGUAUAUUUUUUUUAUUAAGAGUUCCUGGAAACCAGUAUUCGUAUGGAAAGAUAAUGUGAUUAACAAAUAUAAAAUCUAUCAUAAACUAAGUUAUUUGUAGAUUUGACCAGAUUUUUGCAGAUUUUCAAUUUGAAUUUGGAUUCUAUUUUUACAAUAACGAUUUUUGUUUGGGCAAAGGGCUUGAUCUUUCAAAAUCCAUCAGUCUCUGUAUAUUACAAUGCCACUUGCUGUAACUUUCCACAACAGUAGAGAUUUGUAUGGUGUGCCCUGUAUUUCAUGAGAAUUUUCGAUACAUACUGUACAUUCUUGGUCUCUUAAAUAAACAAUUGUCAAAUUUUACUACAUAAUUAUAAUAUUGGAUAAAUAUCUUCAUUGAUUAAGGUCUCUUCUUUAAAAGUAGUAAGGUUUGUUUGUCUUUUAUAUGUAUGUUCUGGACAGGCAAAAUCUAGUCAUAAACAGUCGAAUUAUUAAAUAUUACAGCAAGAUAUGUUGUUAAAAACUUCUGGAAAUUGUGAUGAACUUACAUAAUAAAUAUUAGUGUAAAACUGUUUCUCAUUAAUAUCAACCAAAGGAUAUCAAUUGUUUCAUUUAGUAUCUAAUUAUAUUUGAGGUAAAAAGAUUUCAUGCUGAUUUGUAUAAUCAGCCCUAAGAUAAACUUUGUGAUGUAGGAAUUAUGGUUUGUUUAGAAAGGGCCAUUAUUCCUUGAUUGCAAAAUCAUAAUUUUUAUUUUAGAUUGUUAUUGAAAUAUUAGACUGUGCUUUUUAAGGAUAGAAACAUUGUGUUUCAAUCUCGAAGAUCUGGCUUCUUAAUUGUUUUGAAUAAUCAUAUACAUUGCUGUAUGCCAUUAUUUGAUGAACUCUUCAUGUUAUCUAGUACAAAUUAUAUCUCUUGUGAUGAAUAAUGAAAGAAUAUGUCAUAAUUUUCAUUUAAUUGCAAAUUUUAACCAGGCUUGGUAUAACUUGCAAUUAUGAUUUAAAACAUUUAAUUGUUGGGACAUCGUUCAUUUUUAAUGAAAUUUUAGUUUCACUGUAUUCUUAAUGUAACUAUUUAUUUCCUCAAAUAUAAGACACUUUAUUCCCUUUUGGGGUUGGAUGCUUAAUCCACUGAUGUAAUGCAGUUUGAAAAUCAAUCAUGGAAUUUUUUGAAGAGCAAGAUGGUUCAAUUCUGUCUUAGCAUUCAAUCUGUGUUGAGAAUUGGAACCGAAAUGUGACAAUCUCUUUGGGAGAAUUGUAAAUAUACAAAGUGCUAUCAUUGUAGAUAAAUACAUGCCUGAGUGUUGUGAUGAAGAUAAGAAAAUGUAAUAUAAGAAAACCAUAUGAUGAAAGUGUGUAAUUUAAAUUAUAUAAAGUGGGGAGCUGAUAACUUAGCUAAUUUCUGUUGAGAGAGUAACCAAUACAUAUUCUUUUCCUAAGAGCGAAGGACUGAUUUGUAAGUCAUUUGGUUUAUCAUAAUUAUUGUAUUGUUUAUUAGUAACUGUGUAGAAACCUUAAUUUUCACCAAAAAGUGGGUUAUCCUUUUUUUUUUUUUUUUUUUUUUUUUUUCGUGUACAUCAUAUUUCAUGUUAAUGUAUGUAGUAUUUGUCAGAGAGCAGAGGAAAGACAUGAGACUGGGAGAAUGUAGACUUGCUAAACAGUGAAUAUCAAUCAAGUCAUUCCAUUAUCAGAAUGUCUGCGUUGUUGUUUGAAAUUGAAUGCUUGUAGAAUGGUCAAGGUCAUUCAUGAUAGAAAAGAGAUAUUUAUGGAUUCUCAUAAAAUGUAAAACAAUAUACCUAUCUUGUUCCUAUGAAAGUAAGGAAAAAAUUUCAAAAUGAUAAAUGAGUUGUGAUGCUUUUGUUAGCUACGGUAUAUAAACUAUACUUCCGUCUUCCAGUGACGAAUAUUCAAAAGUUCAAUAAAUUAAAGCCCUGUUUUCAUUGUGGUUGUGUGCUUUGAAAUGUGGGCAAUGUCUUGCAUGUGUGUUAUCAAUGUCUGCUCAUUUUGCAGCUUUUACAUAAUUUCUUAUAGAGGGAUGUGUAUUUUAAAGCAGCUUCAGAAAGGUGUAGUUGCUAAUGGAAAAUUUGCCUUCAUUUUUAAUUACGCUAUUUAAGUUCUUGUUUAAAAUUUAAUAAUUUGUUAUGUUUACAUCAGCAUUGCAAGUUUUAUAAUACUUAUAUUAUGGUUGUUAAUUUAUUGAUUCUUUCAAAAUUUCGUCCUGAACAAUUAACUGUAUUGUCAAAGUUUUGCAAAACAACUGAAGCAGUUCACUAGAUUUUCAAUUUAACAUUUAAAAGUUUGGACAUUUUUGUACAUAAGCCUUUUAUCUUCAUAUGAGAGAAGUAAAUGUCAAGUUUGGUUUCCACUGUUUGAAAAAAUUUAGGGUUUUUCCUACCUUUUACGUAAAAUUUCAAAAGUGUGCAAAUCAUAGAAGAUGAAUUCUCUGAGGUAUGAAAUUUAAGUUUGAUUUAUGGUUUUAAUAUGACUACUGUGCAUCUCUCUUAUUGCAAGCCACCUUAUUGUCAUUUUAUGGAAAACUUGCUGUCUACAUUUUUCUUUGAGAACUAUUUUUGACAAUCAUUGUCAAUUUUUAAUAGAAUGUCGAUUUUCUGUUUCUUUCGUCUAGAAAUAAUGUGAUAUAAAUAAGUCUUUAAUUUAACAUGAGAUUUAUUUAUCCUAACACUCAGAAAAAGUUAUGUAAAACUUCUUUCUAAUUAUUGUGCUUGUCCAUGGGGCUCUGUAAAUGUAGAUCUGCUGCUGUGAUUUCUUUGUCAGUGCUCUGACGAUUUACUUGGCCAGUGCGGUUACACAGUAGAGGGCACAUGUGAUUGAGUCACAAGAAACUGUGCCCCAUUUAUAUAAAAUAAAAGAUACUGUAGUGAAUCCAUUACACUUUAUUUUUAGACAUUUUUUUGUAACUAUUCCUUUAUUUCAAGGGUGAAAAAAUUGGUUGUACGGGAACAUGGGUAAAAAACAAAUUAUUUGUAAUUAAAUUCAGAAAAUUAUAAUUAUAUUUUCCAUUCCUCAUGUUCUAAUACCAAAGACAUUGAGGUAUUAGUUUACCUUUUACCUGUACCUGAUACAUUGGGUACCAGUAGUUGACAGUUAUAAUAAAAAAAUUAAGCCGCAAACUGAAGAAGAAAGGGGAGUGUCAAUGACGGACCGUAGCAAAGUUUUUUUCCUUUAUUUUGUUUAGGUAAGCACAGUGGCGUAGCUUCAGUUGGUG